AUGUUGUCUGCUUUCACAGCUCGGCCUCUCGUCGAGCUCAAGCAGCGGGACAAGUCCAAGAUCGAAUCGGUCCUCGCAUACGGUGAUCGACUACUCGUCGGGCUGAACAAUGGCAGUCUGCGAAUAUACCGGGUAAAUGAGAUUUCAUAUGAUGAGGAGGGCACCACCGACGCCAACGGCGGGGGACAGCACCAUGGAGGAGCCGAAGGAGGAGAUACGGUCAAGAACGGCGAUGAGGGAGUUAGGCCCGCAACAGCAAGCUCACCUCGGGCGACGACACCAAAGACGAAACCGACCGAUCUCCUACGCGAAAUCGAAAAGUUCUCCCGGUACAAGAUCGAGCAACUGGCCCUGAUCAAGGAGGCCAAGCUGCUGGUUUCGUUAUCGGGCGGCUACGUGUCGAUCCACGACCUGCAGACGUACGAAUUGCACGAGCAGCUCACCAAGACGAAAGGCGCGACGACAUUUGCGAUAACAUCGAAUAUCGUGAAUGAUCCCGAGACUGGCGUUCCGUCGAUUGUGUCUCGGCUUGCGGUCGCUGUUAAGAGAAAGAUACUGCUGUGGACAUGGCGGGAUAUGGAGCUGGAGAAGGACACGGCGGAGAUGAUCCUGGUUAGUGGGAUUAAGACGCUUACCUGGAUCUCCGGGACGAAGCUGGUAGCUGGUCUUGGGUCGAAUUUCGUUAUGGUGGAUCUUGAGAGUUCGUCAGUCACGGAGCUUGUGGGGCCGGGGAGUAUUGGGGGUUUCGGUAGUCAGGAGACUGGGCGGCUGGCUGGCGUUGGGGCUGCUAGUAUGAGUUAUAUUGGGAUGAGUGGGAUGGGUCCGAAGCCUCUCUGUACAAGACUCAGUGAAGGGCAGAUACUGUUGGCUAAGGACAUCAACACGCAUUUCAUUGAUAUUAAUGGCAAUUCGUUGGGUCGCAGGCAGAUUCCGUGGAGCCAUGCACCGUCGGAUAUCGGGUACACAUAUCCAUUCCUCCUUGCGCUUCAUGAUGCAUCAAAAGGUGUGUUGGAAGUGAGAAAUCCGGAGACUCUAUCGUUGCUUCAGUCCGUCUCGCUGCCGUCCGCCAAUCUCAUGCAUAUCCCCCAGCCUACGAUCAGCUUGGCCCAUGCCGGAAAAGGGUUCCUAAUUGGCAGUGAUAGGGUUAUAUGGAGGAUGGAAGCUCUGAGCUACGAUACGCAGAUCGACACCCUAGUUGAGAAAGGGUAUCUAGACGAAGCGAUUAGUCUGCUUGUUAUGCUCGAAGAUGCCCUUCUGAAAGACAAACCCGGCCGGCUACGCCAGAUUAAACUCGAGAAGGCCGAAGGUCUGUUCAACGUGAGGAAAUAUCGAGACGCGAUGGACCUAUUUACAGAGGUUUCGGCACCCCCCGAGACAGUCAUCAGACUCUAUCCCAAGUUGAUUGCGGGCGAUCUUUCCUGUAUUGUCGAAGAGGAAGAAUCCGAGGAUAGCGGAUCGGAAGAUUCACCCAAGCCGAACGAGGACCAGGAUAAUGCGACUUCCAAAGAUGCUACGAGUCCCACCACGAAACUGACGCAUGCUCCAUCUAUGAGAUCUAUCCUCCGAACAAGGACUGACGCCUUCGAUGAUGCGGGUAGCAUCCGUAGCAAGCCUGUCGAGGAAGACAAGCGUCUAGAAGGGAAAGAUCUCAAACUUGCCGUUCGGGAACUCCAGGCAUAUCUGGCUGAUGUCCGGAGGAGGUUUCAGCGAUUUCUGAACCCUGAUGGCUCACUCAAAAUCCCAGACCCGCCAACCAAUGCUGCGGAUGAUGAGUUUACUGAUUCCGUCGUUAAACUGCUCGACUUCUCUCGAGAAGAGCGAGAGGAAGCUUUCGCAGAGAAACUCCGGGACAAGGCAAGACUCGUGGACACGACUCUUUUCCGGGCACACAUGUUCGCGACUCCAUCCUUGGCCGGCUCCCUUUUCCGUAUCGCGAACUUCUGUGACCCAGACGUUGUAAUGGAGCGGCUAGAAGAAACCGGCCGCUACAACGACCUCAUUGACUUCCUCUAUGGCAAAAAGAUGCAUCGUCAGGCCCUCGAACUCCUACGGAAGUUCGGCCAAGCAGAAACAGAAGACGAAUCAGCUCCGCAACUCCAUGGGCCCAAGAGAUUGGUCGGGUAUCUGCAGAACCUGCCUCCAGCGAAGAUCGAUCUCAUUCUCGAGUUUGCGGAGUGGCCGGUGCGAGAGGAUCCUGAACUGGGGAUGGAGAUAUUCGUGGCAGAUACCGAAAAUGCAGAGACAUUACCUCGACAUCAGGUGCUGGAGUUUCUCGAGAAGAUCGAUAUUACCCUGGCUGUCCAGUACCUCGAGCAUGUUAUUGGGGAGUUAAAUGAUACGACACCGGACUUGCACUACAAACUUUUGCUUCUUUACUUGGAUCGUCUGAACAAAGGGGAGUUUGUGAGUGACGACGACCGUGUCGAAUGGCGGAACAGAUUCUUAGAGACGCUCCGAUCGAGCUCGCAAUAUUCACCGGCUAAGAUGCUUGAUCGGCUGGACCGGAACGAUCCUGAGUUCUUCGAAGCGAGAGCCAUCGUGUUUAGCAAGAUGGGACAACAUAAACAAGCUUUGGAGAUCUACGUGUUCAAGCUCGAGGACUACGCCAAAGCAGAAGAAUACUGUAACCACGUCCACAAGGAAGAUACGUCCGCAAAAGAAGCUGCGCCCGAGGGAGAAAAAUACGAGGCGAAAGAUGAACACUCAUCUAUCCAUCUGACAUUACUAGGUCUAUAUCUCACCCCGCCCUAUGGAUAUAAACCACAAUAUGGACCCGCGCUCGACAUACUCGCAAAGCAUGGAUCCCGUCUCCCUCCUAGUUCCGCGCUAGAACUCAUCCCUGAAUCACUACCGGUUAAAGGACUAGAGUUCUACUUUAAAGGUCGGAUGCGCGCUGCCAAUUCCAAGUUCAAUGAGUCCAGAAUUGCGGCGAACUUGCAAAAGGCCCAGAAUGUAAAGACGCAGGCGCAGUUGUUAGUCGGCGAGGGCAUUGAACGGAAGUCCUCGAGGUCGAGGCAUGUUACUGUGACAGAGGAGAGGAUUUGUGGAAUCUGCCACAAGCGGCUUGGAGGGAGUGUGAUUAAUGUGUUUCCAGAUAAUACUGUUGUCCAUCUCGGAUGUGCGAAUCGACUGUCCACGACUACCUCAUGA